UCUUCAUCAUGGAGUUAUCCGACGGCUUAAACAGUGUUGGAGAUGAGAUAGCUUAUCAUCUGCCCAAUUACUCGCUUUUGAGCGGAAACAUAAGCGCCUUGGACGAAGAGGACGGCCUUCUGCCGGCAGGAGUUAAGAUCACAGUGGUUGCGCUUUACUGCAUCGUGUGUGUGGUGGGUCUUAUAGGCAACUGCCUGGUCAUGUAUGUCAUCAUCAGGUAUACAAAGAUGAAGACGGCCACCAACAUCUAUAUCUUUAACUUGGCACUGGCUGAUGCCCUAGUUCUGGCCACUCUACCUUUCCAAGGCAUGGAUGUUCUAUUAGGUUUUUGGCCCUUUGGCUUGGCUCUGUGCAAGAUGGUUGUAGCCAUUGACUAUUACAACAUGUUUACCAGCAUCUUCACACUAACUGUUAUGAGUGUGAACCGUUACAUCGCUGUGUGCCACCCAGUGCGGUCAAUGGCAGUGCGUAUGCCCCAAAGAGCCAAAUUGGUCAACGUGGCAGUGUGGGUACUAGCUUCUGCCAUAGGAGUACCUGUUAUGAUCAUGGGACAAGUGGAAGUCGAGGCCAAUGGUAUCGAGUGUAUGGUAGUACUUCCUGAUCCUCAAAGCUACUCUGAGCCUGUAUUCGGCAUCUGUGUGUUCCUUUUUUCUUUUUUAAUCCCAGUGGCUAUCAUUAGCAUCUGUUAUGGUUUAAUGGUGCGACGCCUACGUAGCGUGCGACUCCUCUCCGGCUCUCGCACCAAGGACAGGAGCUUGCGGAGGAUUUCACAAAUGGUGCUGGCCGUGGUGGCUGCAUUUGUGCUCUGUUGGAUGCCUGUUCAGGUCCUCGCUCUGGUUCAGGCCUUGGGGAAGGUGGAUCUGGGAGGCAGUCAGACCACUGUAGCAGCAAUGCAUUUCUGCAUUGCGCUGGGUUACGCCAACAGCAGUCUCAACCCAGUGCUUUAUGCCUUUCUGGAUGAAAACUUUAAACGCUGCUUUCGUGAAUUCUGUGUUCAAACCAGCACAGAUGUGGAACUGGAAGCUCAGCAGAGAAAAUCUGUUAGGAAAGAAAAACAAAAUGAACAAGAGGUUAUACAAAGGAAUGGUGUGGUUAAUGAAGUUGGUACCAUUCCCAGGUGUGAGGAUUAAAACUGGAAAACAGACUUGCUUUUUAUUUAAUAAUAUGCAUGAUGACAUGAUUAAUGCUAAAACUUGUGCUGUAAAACUGGAUGCUGGCAAAUUCUAGUGAAAUUUGACUAUCUAUGUUUUGCUGUGUUGUUUAGCUUUGGGACAAAAUGACAGUAAACUUUCUCCUUGCUUGGGACAAAAGGGCUUAUUCUAUGUCUUUUUAUACCACAAUCACUAAUCUGCUAAUUUAUUAAGUUACCUAGACACACUAACUUUUCUUUGUUUUCCAGUUAAAUCUUUAUAAUGUAUAUAAGCUCUGCACAAUUGUACAAGACCGCCUCUACAUGGACAAAACAGCUAUAUUUAAUGUAGAGGGCGGCUAACAAAGUUUUAAAUUUACAACAUGCAUUUACCGUAUGUAUGAUAUGUACAGUAACAGAAUAAAUGUCCUAUAAAUAUUGUUGCCUUGCAGGCCUACCUAAUAAACAAGUAGCUCAAUACAAUAUGGAGACCUUUACAGUCAUAGGUUUUUGUUUUUGUUGUUGACUUGUAAAACGG